AUGAAAAUGAACAUGGGCUUUCCCAGCCGUUUUCCGUCGGAGCUGGGCACUUCGCCACCUGCACUCAGCUCUCGACCAUCCAUCCACUAUAUCCUCUCUCGCCCCUCUGCCGUCUACCUGCACAUGCGCAGCACCAUCAACAUGGCCAGCAACCGCUUCAACCCUCUAGCUCCCGCCUCUGCUAGCAGCAAUCCCGCCCCGACAUCUGCACCGGCACCCUCCACAAAUAUCGCCGGCCCAGCGUCAUCUGCCACCGCCAAGCCUAACCGCCCGCCUCGUAAACGAAAAGGUCACCGCGGCGGCAAGAAGACGAGGUCUCGCCGCAAGAGCUUUGCUCUUCUGCACGACGACAGCCAUGACGAGACCGACAGGGCUUCUUCUGCUGGAGGCUUCUAUAACCACCCCCAAGGAAACGUCAGUGCUGGCAGCAUCGACAGCGAGAUCCUGCUAGAUCAUAGAGAGCAUACGCCAAUGCGCCCUCGACGUCCCUCGACCGUCGCGCCCGACCGAUUCCAGAAUCCCCUUCCCAGCGCCAACAGCAGAAUGCGCUCUAUCCAGACCCAUCACGGUAGCGAUAGAUCCGGUCCGGCAACGCCCUGGGAUGAGACGGCACCAUUGCUCUCCGACUCUAGUCGGCUCGGGGCCACCGCUUCCCCCUGCUACGGAGGCGCCGAUAGCAGAACGCAGAAAACAAGAAGCCGAAGAUCGUCAAACGUGUCGUCCAACACCAGGCUGGCCGCCGCGUUUGGAAGAAAGGAUCCCUACCAUGUGAACAACCCGCCCUCCGUUCCUGGGUCUCCUACUUUUGGCACAAUCGAUCAUCACAACGCCAUGACCUUUGGUGAUGUAAUGCUACGCGACGAAAUCGCCAUGAGAACGGGUAGCCCCAAGCGCGCUACCAUGAAUGACGAAAAUUUCUUCAACGACGAGGAUGGGCAUCACCAUGAUGAUAUACACACUCCGCACCCCGAUGCCGAAGCCGACGUCUGCUUCCCUGCCCAGGGCAUGUCUGAACUGGGUGAUGACGAAGGCACCACUCGUGGCGAUGGUGCUCAGCACAAAAUUCGCCGGCGCCGACGGCAGUGGCCGGAUUUGUCCGUCCUCGAGGAGUGGAGGCAGUUUGAAAAAGAAGACAGAAGCGAGGGGCGCAGAACAAAGAGGAUCACAGAACCCCAGCUCAUCAACGGUCGCCUGCGCCCCGUUCGCAAAGGCUGGUUCCAGACCGACGAAGAAGUCCCUUAUCGCUUCACCUACUUCAACGAAGAAUUUCAGAGCACCAUCCACAGCCACACCAUCUCGGAGCUUGUUCAACCCGGAGGAACCUUUCGCGAGCUCUUUAUUCCAGACCACCGUAUCCUCUCCGACGACGAGUCUGAGUCCGGCGACGAUACCAUGUCAUUUCCAUCGCGAGUGCCCAACGCAGCUGCUGGACUUGACCCUGAUUCCCACCGCUCUACUCGCCAACCCUCAAUAUCCGACUCCGCUCGCAGAGCCUUCUCCCCGCAUCACGUUAUGCCAACCGCACAGACACAGCCUCUGGUGGACGUGUCCACCCGGGACAGCACCCGUGAUAGCUCCAGGGCGCCCUCCGUUAGGGCACCACAAGCUGCUACAAGCGCGCUUCGCAACUCAGAAAGCACAAUGUUCAGACCAGUCCCAGAGCCUCUCGAUCUGACUCCUAAGCCGGAAAGGCCGAUCCGAUACGGCGACCGGCCGGUAUGGUGGCUCAACGUUGUCUGUCCCACGGAAGAAGAGAUGAAGGUCAUUUCUAAGGCAUUCGGCAUUCACCCUCUUACCGCAGAGGACAUUAUGGUGCAAGAGGCGCGCGAAAAGGUUGAGCUCUUCCGCCACUACUACUUUGUCAACUACCGGACCUUUGAUCAGGACAUCCACAGCAACGAAUAUCUCGAGCCCGUCAACAUGUACGUGGUCGUCUUCCGCGAGGGUGUCCUCAGCUUCCAGUUCUCCAUGACGCCGCAUCCGGCCAACGUGCGGCGACGCAUCCGCCAGCUGCGCGAUUAUCUGCUGCUCUCGUCGGACUGGAUCUCCUACGCCAUCAUUGACGACAUCACCGACGUGUUCCAGCCUUUAAUUCAGAAUAUUGAGAAUGAGGUGGACGAGAUUGACGAGGCCAUUCUGCGCCUGCACUCGCCCCUGGAAAGCGCCGACGAGAAAAACAAGGACGACGGCGCGACCAUGACCGAAGCCAGCGGCGACAUGCUCCGACGUGUGGGCGACUGCCGAAAACGCGUCAUGAGCUUGUAUAGACUUCUGGGCAACAAGGCCGACGUCAUCAAGGGCUUUGCAAAGCGCUGCAACGAGCGCUGGGAAGUGGCCCCCAAGUCAGAGAUUGGGCUGUAUCUUGGCGAUAUCCAAGAUCACAUUGUGACCAUGACUUCCAACUUGAGUCACUACGAAAAGAUUCUGGCCCGCGCCCACGGCAACUACCUUGCGCAAAUCAACAUUCGCAUGAAUGAGCGCCAGGAGCAGACAGCCGACGUCCUCGGCCGCCUCAGCGUCAUCGGCACCAUUGUGCUGCCCAUGAACCUCAUCACCGGCCUCUGGGGAAUGAACGUCUGGGUCCCCGGCCAAGAGUACGAGGGCAACCUGCAGUGGUUCAUGGUCAUCACGGCCGGCCUGCUGUGCUUUGGCAUAGCGUGUUACCUCCUCGCCAAGCGCGUGUACAAGAUUGUCUAA